AUGUUACGAUCUAAACAAAGGGUUGUCACAAGUAGAUCUUUUGAUUUACUGACUGUUCGCCUCAGUCACUUACAUCAAGCAGUACAAAGCCUUGCCAAUCUGCCUCUUUGUAACAGUUUGUCCAUGGAAUCAUUCAUUCAUUUGUUCAUUCGUGCAUUUAUUCAUUCACUCACUCAUCCAUUUACUUUUCUGUCUAUUCAUUAA